AUGGACUCGUGCAAUAAUCAGUUCAGUGAUUUAAAGUGUUUGGAUACUCGGUGCAGUACGUGUAGUGAUAAUGAUGAUCAGAUGGUAGAAAUUAAUAUCGACAGUUCAAAUAACGAUUACAGAAUUGAUUCGAAAUGUUGGUGCAAUAGAGAAGACUGUUGUAUGUAUGUGGGUGGUGACUGUGACUACGGUCAGCAGAAUAUGAAUCCUAUUCUAAGUGAUAUUCCUGAUAAUAAUUAUACUAGCAGGUAUACGUAUAACAAUUCGGAGUGUACGACCACAGAGAGUGACUCGGUCUCUGAGACCACAUCGGAUGAGUCACUCAGUACAUUGACCUCUGGCAUCAAGACUGUUAUAUAUGGAUCUGUGAGCUCCAAAGACGCCUCAUUACCUAGAGACAUUGAUGAAGAUUUAAAUGAAAAUGAAUGUUCAAAAACUAAAGCAGCUUGUGUUGUGACGUAA